UUUAUUGAUGUCUGAACCAACUUUGCUUUCUUAGCAUUUGUUCAAUCAAAACCCAAAUUCUUCUCUUUCUCUCUCUAUCCAAUUCUAGAGGAAUCAUGUCUUCUCCGAGCAAACGCAGGGAAAUGGACUUGAUGAAACUGAUGAUGAGUGAUUACAAAGUAGAAAUGAUAAAUGAUGGAUUGCAAGAGUUCUACGUAUACUUCAAUGGACCCAGUGACAGUCCUUAUCAUGGUGGAGUAUGGAAGAUUAGGGUUGAACUUCCUGAUGCUUAUCCAUAUAAAUCUCCUUCUAUAGGCUUCAUCAAUAAGAUUUAUCAUCCAAAUGUUGAUGAGAUGUCAGGCUCAGUUUGUUUAGAUGUCAUCAACCAGACUUGGAGCCCAAUGUUUGAUCUGGUAAAUGUGUUUGAAGUGUUCCUUCCUCAACUUCUCUUGUAUCCUAAUCCUUCAGACCCAUUGAAUGGGGAGGCUGCUGCACUUAUGAUGCGUGACCGAGCUGCCUAUGAUCUACGAGUUAAAGAGUAUUGCGAGAAAUUCGCCAAGCCCGAAGAUGCUGGAGCUGCUACAGAAGAAAAAUCGAGCGAUGAAGAAAUGAGCGAAGAUGAAUAUGAUUCUGAUGAUGAAGAUGUUGCUGGGCCAUCGGAUCCAUAACUGUAUAAAAGAAAGAAAAAAAUGUGUUUAUGUAGAUGAUGAUGAUGUUCUAGUUUAUGGUUGUAUUUAAUUAGGGGAAGGGUGAAAAUCAUCUCAACCCCUUUUGUCAAUUUAUUUAUCAUUUCUCUAUUUGUAAAUAAAUGGAAUAUUAUUGGUUAAUGUUUCAAGUCUUGUCUAUUUGAUAUGUA